AUGGGCAUCGCUCUGAGCAUCCUGAGCGCCCAUAAAUUGAAGGAUGAUGUUAAAAAGGGCUGCGUCGACCUAGAACAGCUCGAGCGCGAGUGCGCAAAGCAGCCCCAGCUGCUGCGCACGCGCGGCCUGCUGGCCUUCCACAAGCGCCUGCUGCACGCGGCCGCCAAGGCUGCCAACGAGCCCGCGCUGUGCUGCCUCCUGCGCUGUGCCGAGGACGCCGCGCGCGCCGCCGCCGUCGACGGCGGCGGCGGCGCGCUGCCCAGCAGCGUCCGCGCCGCUGUCGACGCGCGCAACGCGUGCGGUCAGACGCCGCUGAUGCUCGCGGCCAUCCACCCUGGGGGCGCCACGUGCGUGCGGCUGCUGCUAGGCGCCGGCGCAGACCCCUGGGCAGCGGACUCACGCGGCGGCCGCACGGCGCUGUUCUACGCCGCCUGCGCAGACGCGGCCGACAGCGCCGCCGCGCUGCUAGACGCCACCCAGGGGGCGUUUGCGCCGUGCCCCUCGUCCCCCAACGGCCCCGCGACCCGCUACGUUGACGUGCGCAUGCGCGCCGGCUUCACGGCGCUGCACGUUGCGGUGGAUGCCGACGCGCGCGGUGCGCUGCGUGAGCUGCUGCGCGCGGCGCCAGCGCUUUGUGUGCGCACGCUUGUUGGCUCGUACGGGUGCAUCGCCUGCACGCGCGGCACCUGCCCAAUGCACCUGGCUGCGCGGUUGGGGCACACCGAGGCCGCCAAGAUGCUGCUUCUGGCUCACGUCAGCACCCCAGCCGCGUCCCGCUCCCCUGACCCUCGCGCCCUCCGGGACGGCUUUGGGCACCUGCCCUGCCACCUGGCGGCCCUCAGCGCACACCACGACCUCGCACACCUGCUGCACCCGCGCCUGCCGCUCUCGAGCGCACUGGGCGGCGCCUCCAGCCUGUACUCAAACGGAGCCCCGUCCCUCAAGCUGCUGGCCGCGGCAGCGUUGCGCGGACGGCAGCGAAAGACGCUCGCGGCUGCGCAGGCCGCGCUGGGCCUUGCCAGCGGCGGUGGCGGCGACGCUCCCAACGGCACAGCGGCGGCAGUCGCGUGCUGCAAGGUGGGAGUGGGCGCGGCGGCGGCUGGCGGCCACCGCGUGCGCGCGGCAUGCGCGGUCGACGUGGCGGCGUGCGAGGCAGCCUCACCGGACGCAGGCGCCGGUGCGCCACUGCUCGGCAAGGACGUCAGCUUUGUUUUGGGCCCCACCCCGGCGCGCAGCCGCGCUGCUGCGGCGCCGGGCAGCAGCGGGGAGGCGGUGCUGGGGCCGCCCCAACGCGAAGCUGCCCCCACAGACAGGGGUGGCUGCUCUAACGAGCGCGACGGCGAGGACAGUUGCUGCGGCGUCUGCCUGGAUGCGCCGCCUGGUAUCCGCCUGAAGCCCUGCGGACACGCCAUGUGCUCUGCAUGCUGCUCCGGCCUGUUCAGUAUGCAGCACGCGGAGGUCGUGGCCUGCCCCUUCUGCCGCAGCGUGAUUGGGUGCUUCAGCCCUGCAUGCUGCUAA